CCUUUGUGUGAGUACAUAAAAGAUAUGGGUAAUGUAAAAACAAUAAUCUAAAUAAAAUAUUACAUGUACAUUUACCAAUGUUGUCUUCUGAAUGGAGUAUUUAAGAUUACCAGCAACUUUCUUUGAAGCGGCCAAAAGAAUUAAUUUUGAGUCGUUUCAAUUGCCGCCGAACGAAAUACCACAAAUAUUUAUCAAGGAUCUUCAAAUCAUUAAUUUGCCGCCAACAGCCAGAGUUUUUGUUCGUCUUGCUGCUGUCUCUGGAGCUAUUGCUGCGAUAAUGUGCAUGUAUGGAUUGGAAGUCUUGUAUACACCAGUUCCAAUGGAGCCGCAGGAAGUAAUCUCCAAUGUCGAGUUUAGUCCAAGCUACCAGUCGUACAGAGUUAACAGUGCAAUCAAACAGAAUUUUGAAAUGGCGAACAGACAACACUUUAUUCACACUCUGGCUCUACUUGCUGUUCCCUUUUGUCGAUGGCCCAGAUUGACAGGCACAGUCAUGACUACUGGCAUCAUUGUUUUCUGUGGCAGCUGUUACUAUUACGCUCUAACAGGAAACAAAAGCGCAUUACAUACAGCCCCCUAUGGAGGGUACCUGCUGAUUCUGGCCUGGAUGUUGACGGCCAUCUAGAACCACAAACAAAUCCACAUUUAUAAACUCUCUUUUUAACAUUAUUUCAUGCGAACUGAACUGCUUUUCAUAAAAUGAUAGGCCCACCCUCUACGUACACACUAUUAAACAGACAAUUUGUAAUAUUUUGACGCUAUAGGUAGGUCUCUGUGUGACCGUUUCCUAAUAAAACAUCCAGGGGUCAAUUCUAAAUAGAUUUCUAAAAAGAUUUCAAUAUAUAGAUUAUUGCUAUUUUUAGCCCUGCUCUGUAAGCUCACUGCAACGAAGGGAAAUAAGUCUCAAUUAGUUGUAUCACUGCAUGGGUUAUGUCACAUUUAUAGACGGUUAACAGAAGCUAUUAAAUAUGUUUUUAUUUUAUUAGGUGAGAAGAAAAUUUUGUCGUAAAGAUCUAUGAAUAAAUUUAAUAGACAUUAUAUAGAGUUCAACAUUUUUUUAUGGUUACGUUAUACCAUAGGUGUAGCUAGCCAUGUGCGGGUGGUGCGGGCCGCACGAGGCACUAGGAUGUGAGGGGCGUCAAACGUUACCCCAGUAUGUAUUCAGUUCCUAUUACCUUGAGCCUUUCGGUUAAAAACAACAGGAUAAUAUACUGUAGACCUUAUGACAUUGGAGAUAGCACUGAAGACUUUUCAGAUAAUGUUCGAAUACUGAUAUGUUUAUGAGCAAGAAAGCAAGUAAGAUUUAUUUGUAAUGUCUCUUUUGUCUAGCUACCUUUUUGUUAACUAGCCCUAACAAGGAAUACACACGUUAUUUGAAGAAAAAAUAAAGGAAGUCUUUUUGCGUUUUAUUUCGAUUUUUUUUUUUGGGAGGGCUUCAUGAGGAGUUUCCGCACCGGGCAUCAUACAGAUUACCCUAGCCACGCCACUGCGAUAUACAGAGAAUAUAUUUAUUAAUUUUGUAUGAGUGUUUUUGAAGUUUUUACUUUGUGUUUUCUUUUUGUUUUGCGUUAGAAUGAAGUUAUCUUCCCUUUGCGAUGAUAGAUUACGUCUCUUUA